CUCGUGAUCCGCCUGUCUCGGCCUCCCAAAGUGCUGGGAUUACAGGCUUGAGCCACUGCGUCCGGCCACGAAGUUCAAAUCUUAAAUGGCACAGACAAGGGGUUUACAAGGAGGAAGGUCAGGAGAAUGACAAUGAAGAGUCAGAUUAGUAUUCAGGAAAGUACAUGGAACUGAAGUUGGAGUUGGGAGAUCUGUUCUUCCAGUCUCACUUUCUCCAUUCAUGGUUUGUACAGACUGGACUUGAUCACUAAAUCUUCGGUAGCUGAGAUUCUCCAUCUUCAUCUACUUGGAGGCAAGAGCAGAUUGGUUGUUUCAUUAUGGAUGGAGGGGAUGAUGGUAACCUUGUUAUCAAAAAGAGGUUUGUGUCUGAGGCAGAACUAGAUGAACGGCGCAAAAGGAGGCAAGAAGAAUGGGAGAAAGUUCGGAAACCUGAAGAUCCAGAAGAAUGUCCAGAGGAGGUUUAUGACCCUCGCUCUCUAUAUGAAAGACUACAGGAACAGAAGGACAGGAAGCAGCAGGAGUAUGAGGAACAGUUCAAAUUCAAAAAUAUGGUAAGAGGCUUAGAUGAAGAUGAGACCAACUUCCUUGAUGAGGUUUCUCGACAGCAGGAACUAAUAGAAAAACAACGAAGAGAAGAAGAACUGAAAGAACUGAAGGAAUACAGAAAUAACCUCAAGAAGGUUGGAAUUUCUCAAGAGAACAAGAAGGAAGUGGAAAAGAAACUGACUGUGAAGCCCAUGGAAACCAAGAACAAGUUCUCCCAGGCAAAGCUGUUGGCAGGAGCUGUGAAGCAUAAGAGCUCAGAGAGUGGCCACAGUGUGAAAAGACUGAAACCGGACCCUGAGCCAGAUGACAAGAAUCAAGAGCCCUCAUCCUGCAAGUCUCUCGGAAACACUUCCCUGAGUGGCCCCUCCAUCCACUGCCCCUCUGCUGCAGUCUGUAUCGGCAUCCUCCCGGGCCUGGGCGCCUACUCUGGGAGCAGCGACUCCGAGUCCAGCUCAGACAGCGAAGGCACCAUCAAUGCCACCGGAAAGAUUGUCUCCUCCAUCUUCCGAACCAACACUUUCCUCGAGGCCCCCUAGUUUCUCUGUCCUUACACAGGGAGCUCCUCCCCAAGGGUAGAUUGGACCGUUCAUGCUGCCUUCGGGCAUUACAUCCCUCAAAAAAAAAAAACUCCUUUGCCUGCAUCCUGUGCACAACAUGACAUUUUUAACCAAUCCAAUUUAAAAAUGUGCCAGAAUCCACCUGUGGCCCGAAUCGUGUUUGGUUUCUCUUUCUACUGCAGUGCACAUGAGCAAACCUGUCCCGCUGCCACUUUCCUCACUGAUACUGGGAGGAGGGCAAGGCCCAGCUGAAGUUCCACUAAAAAUGCCCUAGGAGAAUAGGCACCGGCUGGCUUGCCAAAGGGUUUGGGUUUUAUUGCUUUCUGUUUUUUUCUUUUCCCGACAGCACAAAGAAGUAAGGGCAGUUAUUGGACAGGUGUUAUUUAAACAUUCUAUUGUAGGUGAAUGUGUUGUUUGGUUCUACUGCAUUGUGGAGCAUGCGGGGAAAGAGAACUGACCCAGGUGAUGAAAUGGAGUCCUUCCCUGGAACUAACCAGUCCUUGAUGUUAUAUGACUAAGUAAAGAUGAUAAACCCCAUCUGCUGGGGGUGUCACUUCACACUCGGCAUGCAUUGUGAAAGCUUUCCAUACCCUUGGCCAUUCUCUCUCCCCUCUUUAUCCAACCCCAUUUAUGCAGGAAGGGACUGCUAACAAGAAAGCUUCCAUCUCAAACCUUUUCUCUGCCUGGGAAAUUAUUUUAUGUUUGUUUUUGAAAUAAAGGAUUUAGUUUAAGAUUCUAAAUUUUAGAGAAACAAACGUAGGCCUUGUUUACUCAUAGCCAGACAUCAGAACUGCGGGUAGGUAUGUUAAUGAGAUGACUUAUUUCUGGCAGCUCCUGGAAUCCUGAUAUUGUAAAUGAGUGGGACACACUUGCAUAUUGUGACUGUUCUACUGAGGCCUUUCUCUGUUUAAUGCACAUUAUACUUGUGCUUUUCACUGUGGAAUCUAUUUCUAACCUAAAGGUGCUGCCCUAGUACUUUUCUUUGCUGCCCCUGCUGCUCUUUUUCCUUUCCAAACAGCAACUCCGAGGCCAUGAGCAGCCAAAAACUAGAGGUGCUGCCCCACCUUGUCUCAUAAAGGGAAACGGGCUCAUCCCUUGGAUUCUGGAGGAGGGAGAGGGAGACGGUUUGGAGGCCUCUAGGAAAGAGAUAAGAUAUGAGCUUUGAUGACAAUCUGUAGGCUCUCCUGCUUUAGAAUGAGCGUGUACCGUUCUUUAUCCAUUCCCCUUGUUCCUACGUCAAUUGUUUUUACUGUCUUGGGUGUGAGACUGAGUGAGACACACACAAAAUGUGUUGACACUGUGAUGCCGGCAGGCAGAACAGCUACUGACUUUGAACGUGGGCAGAGAGGCCCCUGGAUCUCAUCCAGCCCACUCAGUUUCCCCUUCCAGUGCAGUGACACUCCGGUGCCCGUUGGCAGAUGGCGACUUCCCUGCACCCAUAACUGAUGCUUUGUGAAUUCUUCCUCCUUUUCAGAACUACUCUGUGCUAAUUGUUCCUGACUGCCAGUAUGGGCGCGUCAGCUCCAUCCUAACAAACAAGAUGUUUAGGUAAAACUGUGUAGGCACCUUCUGCUUCUCUGCUUCAUUGUUCCUGUGAUAGUCGUGUUAUUACAGCAUGUACCCAAAACAGCCUCACAUUGUUACAGGAGGCAGGCUAGGGCUUCAGGUCACCAUCUUUAUGUGGCUUGAGUCAAGCCACAUUACUGUACCUCAUGGCCUCUUGAUGUGGAAAGAACUUGACAAAAGGUUGCAGGGUUUAAAAACAUACAUUAACAUGAAAGCUAAUAAACCUGUCAGAGAACAA